CAACUUUCAAUCUCGAGAUUUCUCGUAUUACGAGAUUACGAAAAUGGCUGAUCCGAAAUAUGCUAAUUUGCCUGGAAUUGAUACCAAUUCCCCAGAUGUUUUUGAAACAAGCGAAUUACCCGAAGAUGAUCAAGUAGCACAGAUUGAAGCGGAAGAAUGUGAUAAUGACAAUAUAGAGAAGAUUAAAUUAGAUACUAAAGCUGCUUACAGUGCCUUUAAAGGUAAAGGUGUGAAAUCUGAUGGAGUUGAUUUUUCAGAUCGUAUAGGAAAAUCCUCUAAAACUGGCUAUGAUGUUUCUCAGACAGAAUAUGAAAUUGUAGGAGAAGGUGGUGUUGCUCGUGAAACACCACAACAGAAAUAUCAGAGAUUACAGCAUGAAAUGAGAGAAUUGGCUGAAGAAGUUUCUCAAAUAAAGGAAAGUGUAAAAGAUGAGAAGUCUACAGAGAAGCUAUCGCCGGUAGCAAUGGGUAAACAGUUAGAAUAUUUACAACAUCAGUUAACAGAUCUACAUCUAGAGAAACUACUAGGACCAGAAGCUUCCAUUGAUUUAUCAGAUCCACAAGGAGCACUUAGACAACGGUUGAUAACUCAGUUAGAAUCGUAUAAAACAACUACAGGUGCUGCUGGGGAUAAAGGUGGAGAUAAAUCUCCAGCUACUGGUGACCAUGUCUCCUACAGUUUAUACUAUAGACCAGAACAAGCUCAGUUCAGUAAAAAUGCAAGGAUGGCUAAUUUAGAAGAAAGAAUAGAAAGACUACAGGCAGUUAUUGGACAAAACCCAGACAAACUAGGGGUGUUGACAGGUGAUACGGAAAACAAAAGUUUGCUGGGAGCAGUAGGGGUAUUGAACUCUAAAUUAAGUUUAUUAGAACCAACUAACCUAGAACAAGUGGAGGCCAGAUUACAAGGUGUUCUUCAUAAACUCGGACAAAUUACAGAGAAAAAAACAACACAGGAAGAUACAGAGAAACAAAACAAGGUAUCAGAGUUGUAUGAUAUUGUAAAGAAAUGGGAGUCAUAUGGUAAUUCACUACCUCAAGUUAUUGACAGACUUGCCGCACUUAAAGAUUUACAUGAACAAGCUCUACAGUUUAGCCAGGCAUUAGCUUAUUUAGAUACAGCCCAACAAGAGAUAACCUCUAGUCUUAAUUCUCAUGGUGAUAUGCUGAAAACGCUUCAAGGAUCAUUUAAACAGAACACAGAUAUGAUCAAAUCCAACACAGAGAGCCUUGAUGCUAGAAUAAAGGGAUUGAAGAAAUCUUGAAGUGAUACAUUGGAAUAAAAAUAAUUAAUUAUAUAAUAAGAAAUCUCUAUUUAUUAUGUGCAAUGCUUUCCUUUAAAGGUGUCUUGGUCUUAUUGUCAUAUCGUAGAUAUUUGUAUUCAAUAAUAAAUUGUUGAAUUUUAAAUCAUGUUAUUGUAAUCAGUUGAUUAAGAGCAUCAGCAUAUGAUUUAACAUUCUGUGUUAAGUUGCCUACUUAGUAAGAAACAACCAUACAACAUUGGAGGCUUAUGUGGCUAGCACAAAUACGCCACCCAAGAUAUUAUCUUUAGGUUAUUUAUGACCUUUGAAGGUAUUAAGUCUGAAAAUGGGAAAAUAAAUUAUUUCAAACAGUUUUGUAAUCUCUUUAAUUAUUUUGUUUAAAUCAUUUGAUUAUAUUUAUUAUGGUUGCUAUGGCAAUAUGGAAAGCUGGAAGCAUUGUGAAUUCCUUUUUUUGAAUAUUUCUCGGUAUGGUGUUUAUUUAAGCCUGAAAGAAAACGUUAAGAAAGCAUUGGGAAUUCCUUAUUUUUGUUAUUAAAUACACUAGUAUUGUAUCAGUGGAGAGGAUAUAUUUAUUAAAAAGAUAGUUUAUAAAUAAAUAGUGUAGGGAUAUUAGAAAUAAAUGAAAUUACCUUUGUUGCCUGGGUAGUACAUGGAGUAUUAUUUAGUCCAAAAGGUAUAUGGGGGACAUACCUUAUUGACCAAGAUUGAGAAAUAAUCGUAAGCAGAUCAAUAAGACAUAACAUAGUUUAUAAAUUUAGAUAGAUGAUAAAUUAUACAUUAUGAGCCAUAAAUAUAUUUGCUUCUCAUUUUUGUGAAGGAUCAUAAAGUAGUGGGAUUAUUGAAUAUGUACUUGGUUUUUUUUUGGUUUUUUUUGUAGGUUAUCCCCUUUCAAUGUCAUACAUUAAUUGAUAAUUAUAUUCAGUUGAACCCAAAUGGUAAUUUUGGAAACUAUCAAUCCUUUAACAUAAUUGAACUUUCACUUACUUACUGCUUGUAUCUUGCUAUUAGGUUUAUUGAUUAAUAAACUGUUAUUAUCCA